ACUUUGCCAUAGCCUCUCAUCCUACCUAACAAUCUCUACUUGUUAAAUCUGUCCCAAUAUAUAGCCAAAGCCUGGGCUUAAAUAGUAAGAUUGCCAUAUAGCUUGAAAGAGAGGGAGAGGGAGAGAAUGGAUAAUCAGCCAACUGAGCUUCACGUUGUCAUGUUCCCAUUUCUGGCAUUUGGUCACAUAAGCCCAUUCGUGCAGCUAUCCAACAAGCUCUCCUCUCAUGGCGUCCGAAUCUCUUUCUUCUCCGCUGCCGGCAAUGUCCACCGCAUCAAAGCUAUGCUCCACCAUAGUCAGACCAUCCAAAUCAUUCCCCUCACAAUCCCACACGUCGAUGGUCUCCCUCCAGGUCUCGAGAGCACAGCCGAAAUGACACCCUCCGCAUCUGAACUCCUUAAGGUUGCUAUAGACCUAAUGCAACCUCAAAUCAAGACCCUUUUAUCACAACUCAAACCCCAUUUUGUUCUCUUCGAUUUUGCCCAAGAAUGGCUCCCACCACUAGCUUCUGAACUGGGCAUCAAAACCAUAUUCUUCUCCGUCUUCAUCGCCCUCACCACCGCCUUUUGUACUGUACCUGCAAGACUUACUGACACCACAAAACCUCCCACGACCAUUGAAGAAAUGAAGAGACCUCCACCUGGAUUCCCUAAAACCUCAAUCACCUCUCUUAAAACCUUCGAGGCUCGAGAUUUCCUGUAUAUUUUCAAAAGCUUCCAUGGCGGAGCUAGUGUAUACGACCGAGUUCUCACCGGCCUCAAAGGCUGCACUGCCAUACUUGCCAAGACUUGCAAUGACAUGGAAGCACCUUAUAUAGACUACGUGAAGACCCAGUUUGAUAAACCGGUUCUUCUGGUGAGUCCUGUUGUUCCGGAGCCACCGUCCGGUGAACUAGAGGAGAGAUGGGCUAAGUGGUUGGGUCAGUUUCCGUCCAACUCCGUCAUUUACUGUUCAUUUGGAAGUGAAACAUUCUUAAAACAUGAUCAGAUAAAAGAGCUAUCACUAGGGUUAGAACUCACCGGCUUUCCAUUCUUUCUGGUCUUGAAUUUUCCGGCGGGUGUUGACGGCUCGGCCGAGUUGGAUAAGGCCUUGCCAGAAGGGUUACUGGAGAGGGUGAAGGGUAGGGGACUUAUCCACACAGGGUGGGUUCAGCAGCAACACAUUUUGGCUCAAAAUAGUGUGGGCUGUUACUUAUGCCAUGCAGGGUUCAGCUCAGUAAUAGAAGCUCUUGUGAAUGACUGUCAGUUAGUAAUGCUGCCUCAAAAAGGUGACCAAUUCUUGAACUCUAAGCUCAUGAGUUUGGACCUGAAGGCUGGUGUGGAGGUAAAUAGGAGGGAUGAGGAUGGGUAUUUUGGGAAAGAGGAUGUCUUUAAGGCUGUCAAAACAGUUAUGUUAGAGUUUGAUGAAGAACCUGGGCAGUCCAUAAGGGCAAAUCAGAGAAGAUGGAGGGAUUUUCUACUUAACAAGGAAGAACAGAGCAGGUAUGUAGGAGAUCUGGUUAAGGACAUGAAAGCCAUGGUCGACCUUCACAACAUUUAAAUUCAUGAUUUGAACAAGUAGAAAAAAAAAAGGUUGGCUUAUAUUAUAUGCUCUAUAAAUGUAUGCUCUAAUUCAUUACAAACAUCCUAUCGCAAGCAGCCACAUCAGUUUUUCUAUUCAAAAAGUCUGUCAACUAUUUUUAUCAGACCUUUCUCCAUUUAACUUGGGUUAAAAUUAAC